AUGCUACUCAAACUGACAUUUUUUAUUUUUUUCCUAAUUGAAAUAUUUUCUUUGACUGCUGGUUCACCAUGUUCAUUUACUUGUCUUAAUCAAACUGAAACUCAUUCCAAAUCACAACCGAUCUACCUAAAUGAUACAAGUCAUGUUAUCUUAAUAGUAUUUGAAAUCAAUUGUACUAGUAAUGGUCCAAUUAUCUAUGCUAAUGUAUCAAUAUCUAUUGAAAAUAAACGUUCAGUUGAAAUAAAUAAUUCUUUACCAUUAAAUCUUUUUCGAUUUAAUAUCUCGACAAACUAUUUAACAUUCAAUUUAACUCUUCGUGGAAUUUUACUUGGCUAUAGUAAAUUACUGUUGCAUGCAGAAUAUUUAAAUGAAACAAGAAAUCUAUUCAAUUAUACCGAUGAUCUUAAUAUUGAUUUAGCUGUUAAACGAAAAACAACAGUAAUCGAUACAAUAUUUACUAUUGUUAUUAUAAUACUUGUUUGUAUUGGAACAUUUUUAAUUGGCUGUCGACUUGUUCCACAAAAUCUGUAUGCGAAUAUACGAAAACCUGUUCCUAUAAUUAUCGGUCUUUUUAGUCAAUUUUUAUGUUUACCUUUAUUAGCGUAUGGUUUAGCUAAACUUGCUAAACUUGAUUCAUCUGCAGCCAUAGGUUUAUUAUCAACAGGUACAGCACCGGGCGGGGGUGCAUCGAAUAUGUAUACAGCGAUGUAUGGUGGUGAUGUUGAUCUAUCAGCGUCAAUGACAUUUUGCAGUACAAUUCUAGCUUUUGGUACGUUUCCAUUAUGGAUUCUUUUGUUGGGUCGGGAAUUUAUCGAUACACAUGAUGUACAUUUUCCAUGGGAAAAUAUGUUCGUCACACUUCUUUCGCUUGUAAUACCGGCUGCCAUUGGUUUAUUACUCCGCUGGAAGAAACCCACAAUAGCUGAUCGUUUCACACGAUAUCUUCGAGUUAUCACACUAUUUUUUAUUACAUACAUUUUAACAUUUGGAAUUUAUACAAAUCUUUAUAUUUUCAAAUUAAUCGAUUAUCGAACGAUACUUGUCAGUGCAAUUCUACCUUAUUCAGGUUUUCUUAUUGGAUUUCUUAUGUCAAUAAUAACAAAACAAAGUCGACAACGUUUAAUUGCUAUAUUUAUCGAAAGCGGCCUACAAAAUACUGGCGUAGCUAUUUUCUUUCUACGCUUGUCUCUUCCGGAACCUGAUCGUGAUUUGGCAAUUAUUGUACCGAUUUUUGUUGCAAUUGCUAUACCAAUUCCGCUAUUAAUAAUCUAUGGUUGUAUUAGCAUUCAUGGAUAUUAUAAAAAACGCUAUGGAACGAAUUCUUUAGUAACAAAUAUAAAUACUGAACAUGACAGAGAAGGUUAUGAAAGAAUAUUUACUAGUGACGACGAACAAUAA